AAAACACAAUCCAAAAUACCUAAGUUCUUCCACAAUUCCAAACCUCAACUUCGUCAAUGAAGCACCGGUAGUACUUGUGGAAGCUCUAGAGAUCGUGGGAUACUCUCUAGCAGCAACGAGAUGGCUCCAUCAAAGAACGCUGUAGAGCUUAUGGCUCUGCUCGUCGAUGAAGCUUAUGGCGAAUUAACCUCCCGGAUAUUCACGAUCCUUCUCCGAAGAGGAAGACUUCCGAUACGACUCCUUUCCAUGCAUACCCUCCUUACUCCUCGUCAAUUGCGACAUGGCCUAGCAGUUCUCAUCCAGCAGGGUCUUGUCUACCACAAUCUGGAAGUCGAUACUGGCACUACAUUCUACGAAGCAAACGAUGAUGCUGCAUAUGGAUUGGCUCGCGCUGGAAAGAUCAUGGACGUGGCUGAGAAUCGAUUUGGACCUGCUGCGAGGGACGUUGUGCACAAGUUAUUCCUGCUUGGCCAUUGCAGCGUGUCCGACUUGGUAACGGCGUAUGAGUCAAAGAACAAAGAUCAUGCCAAUGGCAAUGCUGAAGGGUCUUCCACGAUUACAAACGACGUCAAUGGACAGAGUGUUUCACCUGUUGACUCAAUCGGUCAGCUACAUUCAGUGCUGAUCCAGUUACUGGAUUCUGGGUUUGUCGAGCCUGUGGUCCGGAGCAUGUUCCACAGCCCAGAGGAUACUCAUAGUAUGAUUGAGCGGCAGAUCCUUCAAGAGAGUUUCGGAGGUAGUACGAAAGGCGCGAAGCAAAAAGACGAGUUGAAGCUCAAGAUCAAGAACCGAAUGAACGCCAUCCGAGCCGAACGCGAGUGGAAGGGAAACGCUAAGAAGAGACCUCUGAAUGGGGAACACAUCAAUGGUAUCAAUGGCACGAACAAGCGAAGACGACUCUCGAAUGGCAGCAGCACUGUCAGCGGUGAUCCUUUGAUCGAAGAUGACGGCUCAAGACUUGACCCGACAUUGGUCAUACACAUAAAUUACGAAAAAUGCAACGUUGCGCUUCGUAACGAGGCCCUUGUAGCAUUUGCGAAAGAACGAAUCGGCGAGAUCACAUCACUCAUUUUUGCUCAGGGUCUUGCUAUACUGGAGAAGAAGAUUCCAAGAUGCCGGAUAAAUCCAAGCAUAGACAAAGUCGUCGACCUUCCGGAUGGCCCUGGCUUUACAACCAAAGAGCUCACGACUGUUCUCAGCAAAGCAGUCAACCCCGGCACGGGAAUUGGGAAAGCUUCGAGUGGUGAAGUCAAUACCAGAGCUUUGGAGAGAUUAGAAUCCAGAAAGCACAAGUCUGAGGAGGUCAAAAUCGAGGGUGAUGUUAGCAUGGGUGACGGCCCGGAUGAAGAACCAACAAUCAAUGGCCAUACCCACCUUUCAGAUAUCGAGGAUGAUGACGACCCUUUCGAAGAGGGCGACAAAUCCAACCCAGCGAAGCGCCGCAAGCUUGUAACUUUCCAAGCGGAGUCCUCAGGUGACCGAGAAAAUCGUCUGGAACUAGUCAAGAAACACUUGAUGCUACUCGCAACUGAUGACGCCAAAUUCCUCCGCAGAACAGGCAACAACGGCUACGGCGAGUGGACCUGUGAUUUCGAAACUCUCGUGGCAAAAAUGCAAGAAAGCGAAGUUGAUGCAUUGCUCUUGGAGAAUUUUGGUAUCUCUGGUCAUCGUCUAGCAAGAAUGUUGAGGAGAUUGGGAAAACUUGACGAGAAGACCAUGGUGGAUACCGCAAAGCUCAAGCCUAAGGAUAUUCGUACUAAGUUAGCCGAAAUGCAGAUGGCCGGUGUGAUUGACAUUCAGGAGGUACCAAGGGACAGCAAUCGCACAACCAAUCGUACUAUCUUUCUAUGGUUCUUCGAUGAGGCUCGAGCUGCCACGAUGGUGACAGAGCACACCUACAAAGCUAUGUCACGAAUUCUUCAGCGGUUGGACAUUGAGAGGCGACGAGCUCAUGAUGUUUUGGCCUUGACUAAGAGAUCUGAUGUCAGAGAUUUCGAUCCUGAAGUCUACUUGGAUGCAAAUCAGUUGAAUGACUUCCGAGCCAUUGAUGCGAAGAUCGACAACCUCUUGUGCCAAAUAGGACGACUCGAUGGAUUGAUUGGCCUUUUCCAGGAAUUUUAGCGCAGUGAUUUCAGCGGAGCCCUAACUUUGAUGGCAUGUUAUGGAUGUGAAAAAGAUGCAUUGGGCAGGCGUUAUUUGCUGCAUUGGAUGGCGUUAAGAGUCAAGCUGCGAAAAGCACUGACAACUUUGUGAUACCACUCAUCUGCUUCUGAGCUCAACGAGAGCUGUCAGAUAGGCGAAAUACAU